AUGAUAAGACCAGUCCGACUGUACACGCACAUAUCGCCUGGCUCGAAGAAACCGCCGAAGAAGGCAGUGAUCUGUGUCCUUCCUGCACGUACUUUCAACCUCAGCGAGCCAUUUUCCGCCCUGAAGCUGGCCCUCGUCCUUCAUCGCUCAAAGUUCGUGACGAUACAGCAGUGCUCCUCGUGGGAAGCAGACGAGACUUUACCCUGGAGAGCGGACCUUAUUGCUCGCGAUAUCCUCGAAGAUGACCCUGAGACCUCCCAUACUGAUUUCUCCAGCCGCGAGGCGAUAGUACUCUGGGCAGAAGAGGUAUACAAGGCAAACGAAUCGAAGCGCCGUGUAUCCGACAUGGAGCGCAGAGGAGCCUCUUUACGACAGGGGACGAAUGCAAAUCAAGGCGGUGACCCACAAACAAGCACGAAGGAGAACAUCAUUCCCAGAAAAGGUCGUUCUCGUCCCCGUACCCAGCGUUACUUUGUCGUGCGGAAAGUCAUUUUCUGUAACGCGCAACGAGGACUCGACAAUUGGAUCGAGGUACCUAAAGAGUCAAUCCAUGCACUGGCACCGGUGUGGUUCAACACCCCUGUAGAGGUUGUUAGACGCUCCAUUUGCAAUGAACAGGAGCACCUCCUCGAAGAACUUCUAGAGGCCUAUGCUACAUGCUCUACCUGUUUCCUGGGAUCUAUGACCAACAGGGUUCGAGACGUCAUCGAACGGUCUUUGCACGGCAUAUUCCAGGCAGUUCAGUCGGUCCGUUUGCUUUGCCGCACCGACGCCGUAGGGCCUGACGCAGAAGGCGAGGCCGCUGAAGUGCACAAUGAGGCGACGCACCGCUAUCCUUGGAACCAGCUGAUGCAGGUCAUCACUGAUAUCGCUGCGGUGCCCAACAUGGCCUACAGAAAAGAGCCAAAACUGAGAUACUCAGAGUACUCCCCUCCGCACUCCUACACACACAACCGAGUUUAUCGAAGCGAUGUCACUGAUCUCUAUGACGUGAUACUUCCCCCAGCCCCUCGCGGAGAACCAGGAUAUCUGGCGUAUAAGUGGCACGAGGACGUGACACCGGAGGAGAUGGGCCCAGCCGCAGCGCAAGAUGAACCGCAUUCAGGGACACCGGACGGCAUGCUCUACCUCUCCAUUAGUAAUGUGUUCCGAAACAAAGCCGCGGCGGACGCCGUGUCCAUAUGGCACCCGAGGCUAGCUACACAGUCAGAGGAAGGCAGAGACGCCACGGACACCUGGUCGGCAAUGCAAGAAGAAUACUCCGAGCCAAGGGGCUACGGGGGCAGUGCGUUCGCUGAGUGUGAACCACAUCGUCCGUUCGAUGCUCAAGCUCGGGCUAAAUACCAACAGUCGAUGCAACUUGAAUCAUUAGAGGACCCUCCGUUUGCUUCUACAGCGUCUCGUCGAACCGAUAUACAUCCAUUGCAUGAAAAACAACACGACAUGAAACGGGUCGAUACUCAGGUCCAAACUCCUUCAUUGCCUGCAUUAUCUGCUUACUUUCCAUUGCUCGUCUGCGAGUACAGGGGUCUCCUGCCCAAUGAGUCGGCAGAAGAAGCUGUUACCGACCAGGAGCGACUCUCGUUGAUAGCCUUAUGCACUUUCAUGAGGUUAUUCAAUAUUGCUCGCUUUCCUAUUUUCGGCUUGAUCACCAGUGGUUCGAUCGGAGUAUUGUCAUCUGCAUGGAAUGAAGUCGUGAACCUACCGGUUGGAAAGGCAAGGGACACGACACAAAAUGUCAUCUGCAUUGCGGAUGAGCAGGCUACGAAGGUCGACCUCUGCAAUCCUCUGGAUGCCCUCAACGUCGCCACUUUUGUGGCAUACAUCCUGGUGGAGCACGCUCCACUUUUACGUGCACUCUUCAGUUCAAAUACGAGCGAGGUUAGCGAAGGCUAUCUCUUGAACAAGGAAGGUGGGACACCACGGGAAAAGGCGCUUUCAUUGACUGCUGUUGACGGCAAUUGGCACCGGCCACAAUCCGACUCCCAGGCAAGCAAGCGGGAAAAUGCGACUGCGAAGGCUGACCUUGGGUCCGUUCCCGAGCAACCGGAAGACUAA